ACAACAAAUAACUACGGUCUCCACUGGUUACAGCGAAUCUUUCAUCCUAAAACUCAACCUAAUAGCGACAAAUGGAGGCUUCUUAUUCUUGAUGGCCAUGGCAGUCAUACAACCAUUGAAUUUCUCUGGUUUUGUAAGCAACAUAAGAUCUUUCUGCUAUUCCUGCCCGCUCAUUCAUCUCAUGUACUUCAACCUCUAGAUUUGGGGGUUUUUUCACCUCUCAAAUCGCGAUACCGUCAACAAAUUGCAGAUUUAGCUGCACUUGAUGAUGCAUCACCUAUUAAGAAGCAACGCUUUGUUACCUGCUACCAUUUAGCUCGCCUUGAGACAUUCACA